AUGGAUACUUGCGAAUUUACAUUCAUCAGUCGAGAUGAUUCACAACCAAAACGNAAAAUCGAUAAUAUUGUUUAUAAUGAGUCUGAAGGUGUCCACCUAGUCCAGAUGACAUUUAUUGACGAGAACGAAGACGAAAAGUUCGUAGUAAUCGAAGACUUUCGAGCAUUGCGAGCAUAUCCAUCUGAAAUAGCAUUGAUGAAAAUUGGUAAUUUACUUUCGUAUGAUCAAUCACAAGGUUUAACUCAAGCAGCAACUUUUUACGAGACUAUAAUCAAUCGAAAUUUUUCACCGAUGUUCAGAGCUGCUUGCCUUACUGGACUUGGUUGGCUUGCCUUAAAAGAAAAGAACGAGGAUCUAGCUAUCGAAAGGCAACAAAGAGCUUUGGCUUUUUAUGAUGAAUUAAAUGACGAAAGUGACAGCAUAGCUUUCCUUCGUAUGACAAGUUACAACUGUAUCGGAUGCGCUUUAAGAAUAAAGAAAAAAUAUGACGAAGCGCUUGAAUAUUUUAUGAAAGCCGAUGAACUACCGACAUCAAAAGCACCCAUCGAUAAAUACGACAUGUAUGAUUUGUAUAAAAACGUCGCAUCAGUGAAUAUUGCUUCGAUCUACAAACUAACGAACCGAAUCGAUCGCGCCUGGGAGACAUAUAAAAAGAUCUUGGUUUCUCAAAUGAAAUCAUCCAGUCGUUUUCAUAGUCAUACAUUUCUGACCAUUGCUCAAGCCGGUCUCAGUGAAACGUGUUUGGUACAGGACAAACGACAAUACCAACAACUUUCUCAGACUUGGAAAGCAUUUCUCGACCAUAGUCUGACGGACAUGUCAUCGAGCUAUCGUCGAAGUAUUGUCUCAGGCAUAUUUGCGAUUGGUUUUGAGUUCGAAACAAACGAGCAAACCCGCAUGAUGGCCAUCGAUUAUUUUAAAAAAAUCAUCACCAUUUCAUGCAAGUAUGUUAAUGUCAGUCGAGAUGAUUAUCAUAUUGUUUUAAAGUGUUAUUUGGAAUUAUCGUGUCUAUAUCUAAAAACUCGGAAAAAUUAUCAAGAGUCAAUCCAACAAUGUAUUCAUGCAUUGGAACUUUGCCGAAACGAUGAUGUUGAGAAUCUUUUCGAAUGUUACAAAUGCUUAGGAAAUACAUUUGAAGAACAAUAUUUAGAACAAAUGAGUGAUUUGACACCCGAUGACAUUUGUACGAAAUUAUGUGAAUCGAUAUUCAAAAACGAAUCUAUGAACAUGGAAAGAGUACGAUCAAAAUUCGUUUUCAACCAGAAUGAGUUUGCUUUUGGACGAUAUGAAACAGCACUGAACCGAGAUCUCUUUGACGAACACGAUCAUAAAUGUCAAUUUGUUUAUUGCUGUUUGAAAAUGGCAGCAUUAGCUCAUCAUCUUGCGUCUCGGGAAGGAGGCCACAUGACAAUUAAAUCCGAAACAGCUCGUCAGCUGGUUAUGAAGGCAAAUUCACUUAUUGAAGAUACAUCGGUUCAAGAAAUCUGUGCGAAUAACUUGGCAUAUUUAAAUGAUGACUUCGAUCCAAUUAUUGCCGCAUAUCAAGACAAGCUCAAAACUCAACAGUCAUCGUGCGUUGAUGAAAGCAUCUUCUGCUAUAUCGGUCAUUUGUACGAGAAAAAGAACGAUCCUGUCGAACAAGAACGAUGGUAUCGACGUGCAAUCGAACACUUCAAACAGAAUGAACAUAUCUGUAAACAUACAGUACCAUGUUUUGCGAUAGUUGCUCAAUUUUACACGCAAGGAGAAAGUUUUCUCUCAACUGUUCGUGUUUAUGAUGAUUUGAUCCAACAUUUGGUUCGAUACAGUCCUCCUUCAUUUCUCCGUACAUCGAUUUUUCCUGUUGUUCGAUCGCUCAUUGAAAAUUUCAUUGAUCGCACCGAAUGGAAGACGGUUAUUAUCCUUUUCGAGCAUUUAAUUCAAACAGUUCUCAAAGAACCCAAUGAUCACCUCGGUAUCGAUAAAGAAUUCCAAAAGAUUCUCGAAAUUUGUAAGAAUCUCGACGACUCGAUCAUGAUUGACACAUAUUCAUGUUAUCUAGAAAUUAUGUUGCGCUAUCGAUGCAUAUCACAUCAUACUUAUCUGUCUGCGAUUGAGCCAGCCUUCCGUCAAGCUUUGAGUAUCUAUAAAGCAUGUAACAAUAAACGACGAUUGAUAUGUACUUAUCAAAAGUUUCUGGAACUGAUUAUCAGUACUACGACAAACUUUACUACGUUCCUCAACGCCUUUCAACGCUUGGCUCUCGAUCUAGAAGCAGUUCAACUGGUUAACGAAGCUCUCGACAUGCAUAUACGAUUUGCUCGGUUUAUUUUGACGAAUAAUACGAAAGAAACAAUAUUGAACGCUAGUUUCAUCAUUGGGCGAUAUCGAUUGCUUGCAAAAAAUGGAGCUCACUUCAAUAUUGACUAUCAGCAGACAAUAUUACGGUUAAUGAAGUAUUAUCGUAAUAUAGUCGAGCCACAAUUUAUUAUUGACGAUUAUCUAAAGACAGUGAAGAGUCACCUGAAGCGUGAUGGUUCUGCUACUAGCAUCUAUGCCAGUAUGCUGGAAUUUUUCAUUUAUUAUCGACCGGAACAUUAUAUUCAACACUACAAAGCAACUGUCAAUGAAUUGAAAGAACGACCAGCGGAAUUAAUCGCUUUUGUCAGUACAAUGCGAGUAAAAUAUACUCCACUUAUAGAAAAUUUAUUUGAAUUCUUGAAGCAACUUGAUAGUGGAAAUGAGACAUCGCCUUCAGCCGACCAAAUAUCGCUAAAAACGAACUUUGAAGAUGAAGCUCGAUUGUGGCUCGAACAGGAAACUCAAGUAGAUACUAAACUGUCUUAUGAGAAAUGCCUUCAAUCUGUUCUUGAAUUGCACUCAAUUGAUGACGAAUAUUUAGCUGCUGCUUAUCUACAAAUGGGAGAUGAGACAAAUGCCGUUGCUGUUUUCAGUAAAUUCAUAUACGGAGAACCGGCACGUAGAUACAGCGCUAAUGCUUGUCGAAGAUAUCUUAAAUAUCUAUAUAAUGAAACCUUGAGUGAUCUUGAACGUAUGGAAUUCGAACGUGACUAUACUAAACAUUUCGUUCUGGAAAAUAACUCCACACAUGAGCAUUACUCGUAUGAUCUUCUCCCACUUGUAUAUUUCUGA